UCUUACCGGCUGUUACCCGUUUUAUCUCUCUCUCUACUCUUGACCAUUGUUACUCUUAUUCGCUCCGUUUUCUUACGACCUCACAAGUCACAGCCUCCUCUUUUUCCUCCUUUCUCUCUCCUCCAUUUUUCCUCUCUCUCUUUCUAAAAAUAAAAUUAAAAAAACCACUCCAUUUUUCUCAUUUUCUCCCUCUCAUCAAACACACAAACCAUCACUCCUCCUUCAUCCAAAACCCAGUUUGUUUCUUCAUAUUUUUUGUUCGAAUAAGUUCGUGAUUCGUGUUUCGAACCUGAUUAACGAACAACAGAUGAAAGAUCUGUGGUGAAUACAGCUGAACUACUGAUUUAUUAUCCAAAACUUGAUUUUAUAAUUAUAAUGAGUUCAUCGGAGGUGGCGUCGAUGAAAGCGACAGAGGAAGCAACGAACAAAGCAGGAAAACAACAACAAACACACACCGCCGCCGGCGUAGGUACCGGAAAAGAAAUUUGGGGUGCAGUGGAUCCGGAAACAGCGCUGUAUAAGGAGUUGUGGCAUGCUUGUGCUGGUCCUUUGGUGACAGUGCCUCGUCCUAAUGAGCUUGUUUAUUACUUUCCUCAAGGACAUAUUGAGCAGGUGGAGGCUUCUACUAAUCAAGCUGCUGAUAAGCAAAUGCCUAAUUAUAGUCUUCCAUGGAAGAUCUUGUGUCGCGUAAUCGAUGUGCAAUUGAAGGCUGAACUGGAGACGGAUGAAGUGUAUGCCCAAGUGAUGUUACUUCCAAUACCUGAAGAGAGUGUUAAAGAGAAGGGAACUUCACCUGAUCCACAACCGCACUUUCAUGUUCACUCGUUUUGUAAGACAUUGACUGCGUCAGAUACGAGUACUCACGGUGGGUUCUCGGUGCUUAGGCGACAUGCUGAUGAAUGCCUUCCACCCUUGGAUAUGACUCGACAACCACCUACACAAGAGUUGGUGGCUAAGGAUCUACAUGGAAAUGAUUGGCGUUUCAGGCAUAUUUUCCGAGGUCAACCCAGGAGGCAUCUGCUACAAAGCGGCUGGAGUGUGUUUGUUAGCUCAAAAAGACUUGUGGCUGGUGACGCAUUUAUUUUUCUCAGAGGUGAGAAUGGUGAACUCCGUGUUGGAGUGAGGCGUGCAAUGAGGCAGCAGGGUGUUGUGCCAUCAUCUGUCAUAUCAAGUCACAGUAUGCAUCUUGGAGUCCUAGCAACAGCAUUGCAUGCAAUCAGCUCUGGGACCAUGUUUACCGUAUACUACAAACCUAGGACAAGUCCUGCUCAAUUUAUUGUUCCAUAUGAUCAAUACAUGGAGUCUUUGAAGAAUCAGUACUCCAUAGGGAUGAGAUUUAAGAUGAGAUUUGAAGGGGAAGAGUCUCCAGAGCAAAGGUUUACAGGUACUAUUGUUGGCAUGGAAGACGCCCAUCCCCACAGAUGGCAAGACUCUAAGUGGAGGUGUUUGAAGGUUCGCUGGGAUGAAACUUCCACUAUGCCUCGUCCGGAUAGGGUCUCUCCCUGGCAAACUGAACCUGCUCUUACUCCUCCAACAAUAAACCCCCUUCCAGUGACUAGAGCAAAACGACCUCGUGUAAAUGUGGUUACUCAAUCUUCAGAGUCCUCUGUUCAUACAAGAGAAGGUUUGUCUAAAGUGGCAGCAGACACUUCACCUGUUGGUGGGUAUUCAAGGGUCUUGCAAGGUCAUGAAUAUCCGACCUUGAGACCUAACCUUGUAGACAGCAAUGAUUCUGAAAUUGCAGAGAAACCUAAUGUGUGGCCCAAUUCUAUCGAUGAUGAAAAAGCUGACAAUGUCAAAGCUUCACGGAAAUAUGCGUAUGAAAAUUGGAUAUCAUCCAUGAGGCCUGAACCAGCAUAUGCUGAUCUGCUGUCAACCUUUGGUGUCCAUAAUGAAACAGCUUCUGGAUUUCACUCACCUUAUCAAACUGCAGCUACGUCACCUAUGAAAAAGACUAUAUUAGAUCAAGAUGGCAGAUUUAGCAUGCUCGGAAAUUCCUGGUCUAUGAUGCCUGGUAGUCUUUCGUUAAAUAUGUCAGAAUCAAAUAUGAAAGUUCAUUCACCAAGUAGCAAUGUCUCAUAUCAGGCCCAAGGAAAUGUGAGUUAUGGAGGCUUAAGUGACAUGGCCAUGCUUCGUGGUCAUAGAAUAGAUAAUCACGAUGGAAACUGGCUAAUGCCUCCCCCAGGCCAAUUAUAUUUUGAUAAUCAUGCUCCAACCAGAGAGAUUGCAAUGCAGCCCUCACGGAAUGACCACGAGCCUAUCAAGCAGAAGGAUGGGAACUAUAAAUUAUUUGGCAUUCCCCUCAUUAGCAGCUCUACAACGCAGGACUUUUCUGCCUCGAGCAAACGACAUCUUGACGAGCCUUCAACUCCUCUGACUCCCACGUUGCAUCCUCUGUACAACUGUGAAUCUGAUCGAAGUUCAGAGCAGUCCAAGGGUUCCAAGCAGAUGGACAACUUGCCUGCAUGCAGCGAGCAGGAAAAGAGAAUGCCAAGCUCUCAAUCACUUCCCCGAGAUGCACAAGUGAAAGGACAAGGGCAUUCCUCCAGGAGCUGUACUAAGGUACUAAAGCAGGGGAUUGCCCUUGGCAGGUCCGUUGAUCUCUCAAAGUUUAACAACUAUGAUCAGUUGGUUGAGGAAUUGGAUUGCUUGUUUGAUUUCAAAGGGGAGCUCAAGAACCCUGAGAAGAAUUGGCUAAUUGUCUACACUGAUGAGGAGGGUGAUAUGAUGCUGGUUGGGGAUGAUCCAUGGCAGGAAUUCUGUGGCAUGGUGCGCAAAAUUCUCAUCUACACAAAAGAGGAAGUACAGAAGAUGACGCCGAGGCAAAAUUCCAAAAUUGAUGAGAAUAUGCCAGCUGCUGGCGGUUCAGAUUUAAAAGAAGCAAAACAAUCACUACCUUCAUCAGAAUCUAAUGCUGAAAGCCAUUAGUAGAUGACCUUUAUGGUUUUAGCCUUUCUAGGUGUGUAAUUAGAUUCUUGGAGCUGGCAUCAAUAUAGGAGUAUGUGCGUUCCCUGUGGUCUCAUUGGGACAGAUCUAGGUGUGGCAUUGAGGCCGUCUUCAGGAUGGAAGAUUGAGUAUAGUCCGUCUAUAUUACUCCCAAUUUUGGACGUAUUCUGUAGUCUUUUGGUGUUCCAUAUACAUAAUAUAUAUGUAUACCUUAAUUGCAAAGAGGCAUUAUUAGCCUUGCAGCCUCGAAUCAAUCUUGUAAAUAGCCCUUUUUAUCCCUGACCAGCCUUUUAAUGUAAGUAAGUGCUUGCGUAUCUAAUGCUUUUUUGGUGUUCUAUUAUAUCAUCUUCUCAUCCUUGAAGGCUUCAAUUCUGCCGAUAUAUCUUACUUCCUGGAUUGUCAUGUUGAAUUGGACAUGAACUCUGUAUUGUUCCAGGUUCAGUUCAAUGUAAGAUAGCAGCAGAUGAUUCUGAAUUUCUGAUGGCAGCUGCAUGUAGAUGUUGUAGUGAAAUGCUUGGCAGGAGUAGACUGUAAGUAGGAUCGGUGUUUGCAGCUCACCUGAAAUCAAAUUGUAGGACGAAAAUGCUUGGCUUUGGCCAAUGUAUUAUGCUAAUAAUUCUUUCUUUGCCCUGUCAAAAAUUCCGGCACUAAGGAACUGGAAGAGCAUUUAAUGUUAAAUUAGGUCACUGGAUUUUUAUGUACUUCGUAUAUUGUGUUAUUUAAGUUCAUGAGAGAUAGAUGCUGAUUUUA